AUGCCCCUGGGCCGCGUGUCGGAUCCUGCUGUGUUGCAGUUUGAAGGGGGUUAUAUGCUGCACGCGCCCAGCCCCAUCCCCAUGAACUCCAAGGCGCCUGUGCCCCAAGAUCUGGAUGAGGUUGAGAUCCAGUGCAUCAUCCGCAACUUCAUCACUGGCACAAACAAUGCCGUUCGCGCAGGCUUUGACGGCUAA